UUCAGUGCGAGAAGUAGAAGCGAAAUGUUAAGAAUAAUUUUUGGUUUAUUGUGGUGCAUUGUUUGGGCUGUGACUCACUGCAAAGCGGAUAUUAAUUUAGCCACGAUGCACAGCAUCCGGUCGAAUCUGGAUCGGCGCGUCUCGCCUUGUACAAAUUUCUGGGCGUUUGCAUGUGGUAAUUGGUCUGCCAACUACGUGGACAACUUUCAGCUGGCGGAGAAGAGAUAUGCCGAUGCAAUGAUUGCUGUUCUGACAGACAACAGCAAUAUGGAUCCUCCACGCCUAUUUAAGCAACUCCAGGACUAUUUCAGUUCAUGUGUAGGUCAUCCACAGGAGAAGCAGAUCCAAUUGCCACAGAAACUACUCUCUGGCGAUGCCUUCGAAUGGACGCGGGCAACGGCCAGACUUCGCAGAUAUGGAUUGAAUGGUGUUUUCUUCGAUGAGAUGGCGGAUGUUGCUUACAACGACUCGCUCCGCUAUGUAGUGGAGCUCAAAAGGCCAGUGGCUCGAAACAACCACUUGCCUCUAAGAACUGGCCUCCAGCUGUUGGAAAAGGCUCUGCGUGAUUUACGGGAGAAACAUCACAACGAGGAGUCGCUGCUGCACCUGUGGACAUUGAGCAAGCUGAAGCAGGAAAUACCGCAGAUCGAGUGGCAAACCUACUUUGAGGAACUGCUGGAAAUGGAGCCCAGAGAUGAUAAGCUACUCGUGCAGAUUAGCGAUGUGGAAUAUUUCCGAAAGCUGGGCGAGCUGCUGCGUGAAAGUAAUAAAACCAUUUUGGAAUUCUAUCUAAGGGAGCGACUGGCUAGCUUUGUAAAGGAAGCCAAGCCACGCUCCACAGCGCACAGUUGCAUACAUCAUAUGAGUGCGUUGCUUCCCUUGGGCAUGAACCACCUCUACGAUCGUUAUGUAUAUAGAACAAGGUCGGAGGACAUGCGGCAGCUGCAGCAGAUGUUUGCCAGCUUACGCGGCACGUUUGCCAAAUACUUGGAGCUGAAUCGAUUGGAGCUAAGUUCCGAGCAGUUAACCUAUCUACAUGCCAAGCUGGCGAACAUGCAAUUGAAACUGGGCAACCUACCGGAUACAGCGAGCACCGAUAAUGAUUUCUAUAAUAAUCACUAUGCCAGUGCAUCAUUUACGGCUGACGACUUUGUGGAAAACUUUUGGCAGGCCCUGCGUUUACGUACGCAUCUGCAGCAUUUGCCGUUGAGGCAACCAGGAGCGACUGUGCAACUGAAAUACUACUAUGUGAAUGAUGACUUGGUUAGAGCCCGCAAUGCGCCUUAUUUUGAGCAUGAGCGAAAUAUGUUGACCGUUCCAUUGGUCUUCAUGCAGUGGCCCUUUUACGAUUAUCGACAGCAUUCCGUUUUUCGACAUAGUCUGAUGGGCUUUAUACUCGGUCACGAGCUUAGUCACGCCUUCGAGCAGGAGGGCAUACUCUUCGAUGCCGCGGGCAACGAGUUGGUACUCGGAUUACAGAUACGUCAAAAUGUCAAAUUUCAAGCUGCCCUAAAAUGUGUCCAGCACUCGCCAACAGCAUCGCUGAAGGAGCGAUUGGCAGAUUUCAACGGACUCCAACUGGCUUAUGACACGUUCUUUGGGUUGGGACAUGAUUCAAAUCGGUUUGAGUAUCGCCCAUAUGAGUUUGAGCAGGAGAUGUCGCCGCCACAGCUCUUCCAUUUGAAUUUCGCGCAGUUCUUUUGUGGCCGUCUACCAACAGCCAUAGGCCAUGACAUGGACGAUGUGCGGGUUAAUGAGGCCGAACACAAUUUGCAUCAGUUUUCCAUUGAUUUCAGUUGUCCGCGGCAACACUCAGACUCCAUCGGCUGUGAAAUGUGGCGCCCAGCCAGCCGUUAAGAGGGCAAUUGCACUUGGAACAUUGUAUAAAUGUAUAAAUACAAAUGUAAUAUGUUAUUCGAAAUUUAG